UGUGUGUUUCAGAGACGGAGCAGUGGCUUUAGAUCAGUGUGUCUAUAUUAAUGCAUGUGAUAUUUAUCGGUCUGAUCUAAUGUCUAAUUACAUUCGCCCGGACGUGUGACGUAGGACGCAGAGGACGCAGAGCCGUUUCCGUGUUUGUCGUUUCCAUGACAACAGGGUUCUCCGUUGUUUUUCAACAGUUUCUAAACAGACACAGCUGAAGAGAACAUGAAGACGAGUCAGAGAGAAACGAGAACAAAGAGCGGCCCGACACCACAUUCAGCAUCUCUGAGGGCCAGGUGUCCUGCGUCCCGUCCAGCCGACCAUCUGAUCCUGCAGAGACGGAAGGAGGACGAGUCCAGAGACCAGGUUCUGGACUUGACCCGGUUCCAGAGGAACUGUGACAUCCAGACGUCGUGGCUGAAGAGUUCAGAGCAACGGUUCCUGAGAGGAGACGUCCAGAGACGAGUCCAGGAGGUUCUGACCCAGCACGAGUCCAACACCGAGCAGAGGAGACGCAGGCUCAGGGAGGUGCUGGAGGAGGAGGAGCAGCAGCUGCUGAAGGAGCUGGAGGAGAAGAAGGAGACGACAGAGGAGCGACAGAACAAGAUGAAGGAGAAAGUUAAACUCCUGAGAGAGAGAAGAGAGAGAGAACGACAGCAGCUGGUGGACGACAAGAUGGAUCAGCUGUUCAGGGCCCAGUGUGAGGAGCUGCGUAGCGUCCAGAUGAGGAGGAGGGAGGAGGAGGUGUGUCGGGAGCGCGGGGCUCAGAUGAGGAGUCGUGAGGAGCAGCGGCGUCUGGAGGAGGAGGAGGAGCAGCUGUUUGUGGAGCUGUGGGAGGCCGACAGGAGGUCCAAGGAGGAGCAGGAGGCUUGGAGGCUCCAGAGGCAGCGGCUCCUGAACCAGGAGCAGCAGGAGGUGCUGAGGAGGCAGGUGGAGGAGGUGGAGCAACACAAGCAGCAGCAGAGGGAGCAGAGAGAGGAGGAGGCGCGACUCCUGAAGCAGCAGCAGCAGAUGCUCCUCCUGGAGGAGGUGCAGCAGCAGGAGGAGCAGGUCCGGUCUCAGUUGAGUCGUCGUCGCCUCCUGGACCAGAACCUCCUCCUGAAGAUGAGACGUGUGGACCAGGAGCAGCAGGAGGAGCUGCAGCUGGACAUGAGGCUCCUGGAGGAGCUGAGGAGGCAGGAGACGGACCAGAGACAGGAGGAGGCGCACAGGAAGGAGCAGCUGUGUGAGGAGCAGCAGCGUUACCGUCAGUAUCUGAGUGAGGAGCAGAGGAGGAGGAGGAGGGAGGAGCAGGAGGAGGAGCAGCUGCUGGAGGAGCAGCUGGAGGAGGAGUGGAGGAGGAGGGAGGAGCAGAGGAGGAGGAGGAAGGAGGCCCAGGACCUCCUCAUGGACCAGGUCCUGGAGACCAGGAGGCAGCAGGUCCAACACAAAGUUGUGUUGAGCCUCCAGAGACGAGCUGAGCUCCAGAAGGAGAGGGAGGAGCUGGAGAGACAGAUGGAGGAGACGAAGCUGAAGGACGAGGAGGACAAGAGACGGCUGAGGCGGGACGUCCUGUCCUACCAGGGGGACCUCCAGGCCCAGGUCCAGCAGAGACAGCAGGUCCUCAGGGUCCAGGAGGUCCAGGCUCUCAGGGAGGUGCAGGAGGCCCAGGUCCUGGAGCAGCGCUACCAGCAGAGGAAAGACCUGGUCCUGUCCAGACCUGGACCCAACUCCACCGGCCUCCACCCCCUCAGGACCAGGUCUCCAGGAGGACUGACCUGGGCCAAGAGAGACUCAGUGGUGGACUGAAGGAGAGGACGGGUCCAUCAGAGACAAAGAAAGACAAAUAAAAUAAAGACAAAUAAAA